AUGAGUGAACCCUGCUCCUCUUAUCCUGGACUUCUCCUGAAUGAAUUGUUUGGACAACACAUGAAUGAAGGAGAUAAUCGAUGGAUUGACGUUGUUGAUAAGAAGGAUCUCAAAGGUCGAGGUUCAGAAUCGACCACAUUCACCGCUGGCACUCGAACGCGAGCUCCAUCGCGUAUCAUUCCACAUGCAGCAGAAGAAGCGGUUGGACUUCGUAACUCCGAGUUAGCGGAGAUGGAAAACCAUGCGGGAUUAUCUACCUCUUCAAAAUCUGUUCCUCCGACACAAGGUAGAUGUAAUGGAGAGCAAUCGUCAUCACAUACGCCGGAUUCGACGGAAGUUCGAGUUGCCGAUGGCUCUUCUUCAUCAGCAGCUCCAACAAGAGAUGAGCAAACGAGAGGCGCUGCCACUCGUAAAUGGAGGCAACAUCAAGGAAGAAACCGCUUUUUCUGUGAUGGCCGGAUCAUUAUGGCACGUCAGAUAAACGUGUUCGUCUUCACUUUGUUCCUGAUUUCUACAACACUUACGCUAUUUUUCGUUUUUGAUGCUCCUUUCCUCUUUAAUGAAGUAUCGCCUGCCUUGCCUAUCAUCGUUGCCGUGCUAUCACUACUAGUUUUUGUCAGCUUGUUGAAGACAUCAUUUAGUGACCCUGGUAUCCUUCCUAGAGCUCCAAACAUGGAGGUUGCAGAACGUACACGUCAACAUUUUCAUGAGGUGAUAUCAGAUCCGGACUACAAUCCAGCCACAAGCGUACUGCCAGAUCCUCCCAGAACUAAACAAGUUAUGAUAAACGGCCAAGUUGUUCGUCUUAAGUACUGUUUUACUUGUCGCCUUUUCCGACCUCCGCGAAGUUCUCACUGCUCUGUUUGUGACAACUGUGUGCUCAACUUCGACCAUCACUGUCCAUGGGUAGGUAAUUGCAUUGGUCAGAGGAAUUACCGCCAUUUUUACUUCUUUAUCACCUCAUUGGCAGUGCUCAUUAUCUGCCUUUUUAGCUGCUCACUCGCCCACCUUAUGAUCCUGUCUCGCACAGAACAAUUUUUGAAUGCUGUGAAGAAAUCUCCAAUCUCACUUAUAGUUGUCCUCAUCUGUUUCUUUUCCAUAUGGUCUAUUGUUGGUCUGGCCGGAUUCCAUACCUACCUCGUCGCAACAAACCAAACAACAAAUGAGGAUAUCAAAGGGACAUUCAGCAAUAAACGAAGGUCACAACGAGUCAUCAAUCCAUAUUCUUUCAAUUCCGUGCUACAAAAUUGUUGUUGGAGGUUGUGUGGGCCUGAACCUCCCAGUCUGCUUGACCGUCGUGGUGUGAUCACUUCUGAUCCUGUUCUCCGACAUCGGAUGAAACUAAAUAAGGAUAGCUACUGUUCCGUCUCUGGAAACACGCAGAAAAAGGAGGAACUCUAG